AUGCCCCACUUCAGGGUCCUCCAGGCAGGGCUUGGAUUUGGGGUCAUCCUGACUCUGGUGUGCCCAGAGGGUCUCUGGCUGGGUGUGGGGGUGAGCUGGUCGCACAGCGUGGUGUCAGGUGCCGGGGUGGCGGACGAGCUGGUGAAGGUGCAGGUGGCGCUGAGCAGCAUCGCCGGCAAGAGGGAGAGGAUCAAAAUCCUGUUUAAGAAAAUUGAAGAUGUCAUAAAAUACCUCGACCCUCAGUACAUUGAUAGGAUGGCUGUUCCGGACGCAAUGAAGCUGCAGUUCAUCUUGGCAGAGGAGCAGGUUAUUCCUUCCAGAGCAGCCCUCCUGGAGCAGGUCAAGAACCUCCAGCCCAUCUUGGACAGUGCCAGUAUCCUAGCGGUUCCGGACCAUGCAGCCAAACUGCAGCGACUCUCUCAGAUCCACAUACAGCAGCAGGAACAGCGUCAAGAUCUCACCGACAGUGUCAAGACGCUCCUCGAAGACUACAACAAAAUGCGCUGA